GCCCCCGCCGCCAGCCCCCUCCCCACAAGGCCGUAACAACCGCCUCGACAUCCUCGCAACAGCCAAGUCCGCGCCCGCCGCCACGCAACAGACACUCCGCUCCGCGUUGUGAUGGGAUGAGGAUUCCUCUCAUCGGACAAGGAUUCCCCUCCCCCGUACCACCCACCUUCCUCCCGAUCUCCUCGCAGAGUUCACCGCUACUCGCGCCCUCUCCUAGGCUCCUAGCUCCCUUCUGAGGUAGACCGCGCACGGGAAUGGAAAGGCAUCAGCGAAGGAGCGAUGGCUGCGCCCACGGAGGAGGAGAGGAGGAGGUCCAGGACUCCAGGUACGCGUAUUCCGCCGACGAGCAGUCAAAGCCGCCAGAGCCGCUUGCCGUCGCCUCCGUGUGGUCGCCGCCGCAGACGCACGCCGAGGCCAAGGGACUGCGCAGCCUGCGACCAGGCGUAUGCGGCGGGGGAGGCCGCGCGGAAGAAGCGCAGCGGCUCCAGCCCAGUGGCGGCCACGGCGAGCGCGAGCGUCGCGAAGUAGAUGGCGAGGUAGACCUGCGCCAGCAGCAGCGCGCGGUGGAGGAGCAGCAGGUACUGGCCCAUGCGCCGCACCAGCGCUGUGAGCACGAAGAGUGGCACCGCCACCGCCGCCCACCGGCCGCCGAGGACCGAGCGCACGCCGUCGGCGAUCCAAGCGUUCGCCGCCGACAGAUACGCCUUCGAAGCUCUCCAAGACGAGGAUACUGCUGAACUUACGAAUUACCAGCACAAGAAUGAGGUGAUCAAUUCAUCUGAGAGAUUAACAUAUGGUGGACACGAAGAUUGUAAUGCAUACUGUUUGUAUGCAACAAAAAAAUAUAAAAAAGGGGAGCAGGUCCUUGCUUAUGGAACAUACACAAACAUGAAACUCCUUGAACGCUAUAGCAUCAUAUGUGUUUGGAUUGUUUUGAUUUAGUUGUUUGAUUGCUUCUGUGUUUGCCGCUCCCAAGUUUUAUGCUGGUUAAUAAAACUUUGUAAUUCUUUAGGUCUAGCCCCUCUUGCUGUUUUUGGAUAUGUUAUGGCCACACACCUCCCUCUUUAUCCUGCAAUUCACAUCCUACCCGAUAAGUACCACAACUUAUGUUUGUGUUUUCUAUUUCAAUUUAAAUGUUCAAUCACAUUGCUACUAACCUGCAUAGUUGUCUAGUAAAGAUACAACUCUGUUUCAGGUCAUUCUGUUGCUGGGUUAUGGUCCAGAUUCUCCUCCACCAAAAUUAUUUCUUAUAAAAUGGUCAAGCGCCAGUGAAAGUUAUGUGUCAGACAAUGAUAAAACAAUACAGUUAUUCAGCAGUUUUCGCGGAAACCAGUAUUUCACUGUAUAUUUUUGUUGUUCAUCUAGUGGUGCCAUUUGUUGGUAUUGAGCAGCAUGAUUUUGAAGAAAGUUGGUGGCCUUGAGAUGUUUGAAAAGUAAGAUGUUAUAGGCUCCUUAUCCAGCCUUCAGUGGGAUGUGUUUCGACAUAUAUUCAAAGUGUGGUCACUGAUGAGCCAUGAUGAUGAGAUGAAAUCUGCCCUGUUUCUUCAAAUGAGCAUGAUUAACCAUGCAGUCCAUGCUAUCGGACUUUUUGCACGAUCAUUUGAUGGCUACUUAAUAGAUCGUCUUAGAUCUCUUGGAACGACUUCUUUUGUUAUAUCUCAAUCGGCCUGUUUCUGCUGCUCCGUUAUAUGCAUAGUUUCCUUCUGCAUCUUUUCAUUAUAUAAAUAGCGGUUUAGAUAUUUCUUGCUGAUUAUCAAUCUCAAGUAGGCUUGUAAUACUUUUGUUUGUUAUGCCCGCAGCCACAUAUCAUGAUGUCAAAUUAAAAGAUGUGUUCUGCUAAAUUUUCUGAUGUUUGUGCUCGUUGUCACUGUCCCAGUCUUAUUGUAAUAAUGUUGUGAUGUUUUGGACAUUAGCAAGCUGCAAAUUGAAAUAUUUAAGUCUUUUGUAAUUUGUGUGUGUACUGGCAUUGUACUAGUUACUAUAUAUAGAGCGGGGAGCAAUCCUCGUCGAUCAGCCCAUCUCGUGGCUAUUCUUAUGGGUCACAGGAUCUUCAUCGAACGGACACGGAGCGGUCUUCCCACGUAUAAUUCCUGUAUUUUCUGAAUAGUUUGAGUGGCAAUUGAUGCCCUCUUUCAUUCUAGCAUCCGAGGCAAUAUCUAUACAAACUCUUUUUUUUUUAUUUUUCCCUCCAGUAAAUGGAUAUUAGUCUGAUUUGGAAUUUACUUUUCCCUUCAUAUAGGCAAUAGCUGCAUUUUAGACAGCUUUGCAGCACAAUUCACAAACUACAGACGUCUCAAGAAAAAUCAACAUGUUAUCUCAGUUAGCCAGGGAAAAGAAGUGAGCCUUUGAAGUAGAGAACAUGUGUUCAAAUGUUGACAUUGUCGUCCUGACUUGUCAGGACAGGUUUUACUUUUUUAAUGUUCGAUGGCACUGUGUCUGAAAUUGCCUUGACAAGAAGCUAUAUUUAGCAUCCAUCUAGACUUGCAUAUGUAACUUGAUUUUCUUUCAUCA